AUUAAAAAAAAACCCCACGCAAAAUUUUCGGAUUUUCCCUGGUUAUUUUGCAAAGAAAACGGUCUUUCAUUUGCUGGCAGUUCGGUUUUUUGUUUAUUGUGAUCAAGGGACCAAAAGGGAGGCGAAACAAAACAACAACCUGCCGAUUGUGACGGGAAAAUGUGAAUAAACACAAACAGCUGGAAGAAAAACCGACUUGGGCACAUUCCACGGAGCAGAGAACGGACCUCAAAUGACUGAAGUCGAUGUCGUUUUGCCGGAGGGCGUGGCCGAGCCCACGACAAAGCUUGCCAGCGCAUCAAGUUCCCCAAAACAGAGUAAACCAUCAGCAGAUGACGAUGAGCAGCAGGUCACAACAGUGGACGAGAAGGAGCAAGUGGUCGAGGAGCAGCAGGAGGAGGUGGAGCACCUGGAGGAUGUCCCUUCCAAUGAGAAGCUCGAGCUGCUUUCUGCGGGCGACAAGGACAUCGUUAAAGAGGAUGUGGCCCAGGCAUCUCCACAAGCUCCAGUGCCGGACGAGAUAAUGGAGGUGGAUGGGACCGAAGACGUGGAGGAAAACGAAGUGGGGAACGACGACGAAGACUCACAGAUUACCAGCAGCAGCUCGAAGGAGCCCAAACUGGAUGAGGAAGAGGAGGAGGAGGCUACCACAAACGGAGAUGGGGAUCACGAGCCAGAGGACGAAGACGAGGCCGAGAAGAUCGGUAGCACAGCGGAAAACAGCUGCGAGGCUGAAGAUCCACUGGGAGCAGUCACAGUUCAGGAGAAUGAACUAGAUAGCGGAAAGAAACCGCAUCUAGAUGGCGAGGAGAGUGUGGCCAGCGACGGGGUCGUCGAGGAAGAGCCACCAGCAAAGCAGGAGAACGGGUUUGGGGCUAGUCCCAAGCAGAAGGAAAACGGCCAAGCCAGCAUAGCAGAGGCCAGGGCGGCAAUAGCUCCCUCCGAUGGUGGUGUGGUCAACCUGGACGAGGACAGUGACGAGGAAAUGGAGGAUAUAACGGAGCACAAGGAGCCGGCCAAGCCCACAGAACAGGCAGCCAAACCAGCUUCUUCCAGUGGUGGCGAAUCCUCCGACGAUGCUGUUCUGAUAGCCUCUGAUUCCGAUACGGAGGCGCCAGCUCCACCGCCGCCAAUAAAGAAACUCCCGCCAGUUGUCAAGGCCACCCCUCCGCCGCCCGUGCAGGAUGAUGAGGACGAUGACGACGACGACUGCGUCGUGAUUGAGGAUGACACACCGCCAAGUAUUUCGCCCAGCGGCAAGCGCAAGAGCGACCUGGAUGACCCGCAGCUUCAACAGCCCAGCCACAAGAGACAGCGUAGUUCGACGCCCUCGGGAAUGGGCCAGCUUACCAUCAAGGAUGCCCGCUCUUUGAUGCCUCUCGAUGGCAGUCCGAGCUCUGUGUCGGGUCCCCGAGAUUCUGUCUACCCGGUGACCAUAACGAAUGCUGUGACUGGAGCGGCCACCAAUUUGGGUGUUGUGCCGCCCAAGCUAGUUCCCAUGACGGGCGGCAUGAGCGCCAGUCCAGUGCAGCUAAAUCCGCCAACGUUAUCGCUAACUGGGCUGCCCAGCAUGACCAACAACGCCAACCUUCUGCCCGGACUCACCGACGAUAUGUUCGUCUUGGAAGCGCCCUCCUUCAUUGUACCCUACAUCUAUGAAAAACCACCACGGGAAAACAUCUGCGAGGUCGUCAAGGCAAUCGAAACCAAGUAUGCGCUGUCUCCUGAGGAUUUGGCCGAGGCAGACAAGGGCGACGAGUUCGACAUGAUGACCGAGCAAAACAAAGAGGACAAGCCAGCGGACGCGGCCGAUGAGAGCGGCAAGAAGAAAAAGAAAAAACGUGGUGACGACGAGUCCUGGUCGGAGCAGUCUGACGAUGAUGAUGACGAGGACGACGACGACGACUCGGAGUCGGGAGUGCGAACUAAGGUGCUGAUCAAGGAGGCAAACGACGACCUGAGCGCCUUAAAGGUGGCCAUCAAGCCUGCCGCCGCCUUGGCAACAGCGGGCGGAGUGUCGGUAAACAAUCCGGGAGGCAACAAGCCAGGACAGGAGAACUACUUUGAGAGUCCGUUGGGCAAGUUCUUUAUGGACAUUGGAGUAGGUCUGGUGCAGGAGUACGUUCAGUCGGAUCUGUUGCGUCUGCAGAAGCGCAAGAUGCGUAAGGCGCAGGUACAAAAUUCCAAGGAGUUUGAGAUGGCCAUCAAUGCGCUGUCUGGCAACCUGCAGGCAUCAAAAACGAAAAACGCGCCCUUCAAGUUCAGAAUGAAGCGAUGCGAGUUCUGCAACUUCAAGUCGGAGUCUGCCAUGGCGAUGGCCAAUCAUUACGAGACGCCGCAUAUGAACGGAGUGCUGUACAAGUGUAACUUCUGCACGUUUGAGAUACGGAACGCCACGGAGAUUGUCUACCACAUGGAGGCGGUGCACAACAUAAAGGCGCGAUUAAUAAAGCCACUGCCCUACCACCAGUGUCCCAACUGCGGCUUUGAGGAUAAUGGAAAGGCAAAGCUGGCCCGUCAUCAGCCUGUAUGCGCCAAGAAGUUCCGGCCGGAGCUAAACCUGGCGCCGCCAAACGACUGGGAAGCACCGGCCAAGAUACCGCGCAUCAAGCCACGUCAUGGUCUUGUGGGCACUGCCACCGCCUAUCAGGCUAUGGCUGCACAGGCAGCCGCACAAAAGGCCGCUUUGGCUAACAUCCAGCAGCAGCAAGCGGCGGCGCAGGCGAGGAAUAACCUUCAGGCCGCGUUAGCUGCCCAGAAUGCGGCCAAGAUGCGUCAGCGAGCCCCACAGCCACCCAAACAGAACAUGGUGCGAAAUCCGGCGCCUGUGCGCGGAGGCAACGCGAUGAAUGCAGGACUCUCGUUGCCCAACAGCUAUCAGCUGGCUGCCGGACAGCUUGUCCAGGCGUCCAAGAAGCCGAUGGCCGGACAGCCCAGCAUCUCGAUAACGCCAUUACCUCGACAGAGCUCGGUGGGUGCCGGAGCGGGAGCCUCGUCCAGCAAGGCGCCACAAGCGGCUACAGGAAUGAAGCCCGGUCAGAGUCCCAGCGGUAAUAACAAGGCACAAUUUGUUAUCUGCGAGAUAUGCGACGGCUACAUAAAGGAUCUGGAGCAGCUGCGCAACCACAUGCAGUGGAUGCACAAAGUGAAGAUUCACCCGAAAAUGAUCUACAAUAGGCCGCCUUUGAAUUGCCAAAAGUGCCAGUUCCGGUUCUUUACGGAUCAGGGAUUGGAAAGACACUUGUUGGGCUCACAUGGCUUGGUCACAAGUUCUAUGCAGGAGGCUGCCAACAAGGGCAAGGAUGCUGGUCGCUGUCCAGUCUGUGGAAGGAUGUACCAAUGGAAACUGCUGAAUCACGUGUCGCGCGAUCAUCAUAUGACCCUGAAGCCCGCUCACCUGUCCUACAAGUGCACCGUUUGCACGGCGACCUUCGGCAUGUACAAACAAUUUGAGACGCACGUUUACACCGCUCACAGUACCGUGGCCAGAAAGGCGAUGGACAGCAAGAAGAACAGUGCGCAGUCCAGCGGUUCGGGAUCUGGGGCAGGGAUGUCGCGCAGUUCGUUGGGAGCGGCCAAUGACUCUCUGCUGAAGCCACUUAAGAUAAACGAUGAGAUCACCAUCAUACCACAGCCCGCAUCGAAGCCACGCAUCACAAAUAUGGAGAGUCAUGUCAUAGAUUAAAGAGCAUGUUGAAUCAACCAAAAACCUAAUCUCGCAACGUUUGCAGCAUUGACAGCGCUUUAACAUUAGUUUCGUUUUUAAGCCCAACGUGACCUUGGCGCCCCCAAGGUCCCGCCCUUUUACUUCUGUAAGUCGGAUUGUAUAAAGAACAAGAGAAUAAACAGAAACUGGAGCGGACGGGAACAAGAAAGCAGAGUGGAAAGCCGUCGCGUUGACCACCUGACCUGUUACCCCUGACAAAACAAGGGUAGCCCGCACUUGAUGCGGUCUAAACACCCACACACCAGCUACAGGAUACGCGAUACACAUAACGCUAACGGCAUAGAUUCACUAGAGAUACUAGUUACGGAUUUUAGUUACAUACGUUUUGGAGUGUGCACAUAAGUUGAAGUUGUAGCUACUACUAAAAUAUACCACAUACAUACAUAUAUAAUUAACUAUAUUUAAAGCAUAUUAUGAAGAAGCCGCCAGAGCGCAUCGUCAGCAUGAUGACUAUGUAAAUUAGUUAAAAACUAAACUAUUUAUACGAAAACUACGAGUAUGUGUGUUGCAGUAUGUAUAUACAUUUUGAAUAGGUCCCCGCCCACGCAGAUAGCGUGCUACGUUUCGUUUCUUCUCUCGAAUCUUCUAGCUUAUUUGUACGAACAGUCGAUGAGGCAGAGAUGAAGUUUCAUGAAGCGAAGCGUGGGAGGAGGACUCUUCUAAACUGAUCUGAGAGACGUUCGACAUUUUACUUUUUGUGUACAAGUUUAAACUUAUAUUUAUAUUACACAUUAUCUAUUAAUAUUAAAAUAUAUAUCAUCUAUUACCACCUAAGAUCCCCAUGUAAUACAGUUAUAAUGCAAAACCACACACAACCAACCAACCAACCAACAACAACAACAAACAAACAACAAACUGAAAAUGAGAAAAUUAAAAACCUAGUUAAUAUAAAAUGCGACGACCACAGCA